AUGGAUAUAGGUGUUUAUAUGGCUCUUGGAGAAGCUGAUCCAACGAUAGUUCGAUUGGCUCAAGACCAAAAGGCAUAUAUUGUCGCUGCGGAUUCAGACUAUAAUCUUUAUGAACUUCCAAUGGGUUAUGUUCCAUUAAAAUUCUUCGAUUUGAACAGACUCGAAGGACCACUUUAUCAAAUGAAUGAUUUUUUCACGGAAAUGGAUGCAAGUGGUGUUGGUUUGUGGGCAUCAUUCAUUAAAUAUGACUUUGUCGAUUUGACAAAUUUACAAGCAUUUCUUUCGAUAAAUAAACCAUACGAUCAAGACGAGUUUGAAUUAUGGCUCAAUAAUCAAUCAUCAGACGAACAGAAACGUAAAUUAAUAACAACUGAGUGGCUUCUUCUUCGUUUUAUUCAACAAGUAGGAAGCACAAAUGCAUAUAGACAAUUGAUCAAACUAGUUGCAGUAGAUGACCGAGAGAAAUUCAAUCAAAUUAUAUUUAGCUAUACCAAUGUUAAGCCCAUAGCUGAAAUCAAAACCAAAACUAAAAAGAGCCUCCAUAAGUAUCUUGAAAGACUUUUCAUCAGUGGAAAUCUUGAUCACUCAAUUCUUAACAUUCUGAUUAACAGAAACGUUCUCAAGAGUGAGCAAGAAAACAAUCCAGUGUAUUAUCAAUUGCUUCUACCAAUUAUUCAAAGUCUUCUUACUUGGGAUAAUGAGAACAUGGAAUUGAAGAACGAUAUAGAAAAAGUCGUGUUCAACAAUCAAUUAUAUGAACCUCUGAAAGA